AUGUUUUCAAAUAUGCUCUCAGAUUCGAAUUUCUAGGAUGAAGUUUUUCCAUAUUAGAAAUUCUCGUCUUCUCAAUCAUUUGAAAUGGAACCAUUUUCAGAUUUUGAAUAAAAUUGCCAUCUGUCAUUCAAUACUAACGAAGGGUCAUAAUUUUAAGAUGCUGAAGAUAGAGAAAUGAUGUUUAAAAUUAAGGAAGAUGACACCUCCCUCAAUGCUUUGAAUCAAGAUCUAAUGAAAAGAAAAUAAAAAAUUUGGAAUGAUGAAGAGGAUUCAAGACUGAAAUAUUUAUUUGUGGAAUUAUCAGGGAAAUGGAAUGAAAUUGCAAAGCACAUGCCAUAAAGAAACGCGUCUUAGUGUUAGCAGAGAUGGAGAAGAAUCAAUCCACCAAAAGAUACAAGGCAUAUUUGGAAGCAGGAGGAAGAUGAUAAAUUAAAAUAGUUAGUUUAAGAUAUUGGGAAAUAAUGGAUGAAAAUCGCCAAAUGUUUUGGCAACAUUACAGGGAAAUAAGUUAGAGAUAGAUACAUUAAUAAAUUAGAUAAGUCUAUAAAUAAGUAACCAUGGACUUACGAAGAAGAUAUGCUUAUUUUAGAUUAGUAUAACAUUAAUGGACCUAAGUGGACUAAAAUUUCGAAUCAACUAUAAGGGAGACCGGAAAAUCAUGUUAAGAAUAGGUUUUAUAGCUAUAUAAAACGAAACUUUUUAGGGGAAUAGAAUAGAUACUAAAUAAUCUAUUCUUGAAUUGCUUCUCUUUUUUUCUCAUUAGAAAAAUGAGAGGCUCAAAUAUCAAAUUGAGUUAUAUAUAUAUAUAUACAUCGCGUUAUAAUUAUAAAUACAUAAAACGAA